AAUACUGCGAACCGCAUAUCACCUCUACUGUAGGGCUUUGUUCGCUGUUAAUAAAUAAUCUGCAUACUUCACACGCAGCCCUCUUGGUCGGCCAUUUUGUGGCAGCCAUUUGCAAUGGAAAAUAAUUUCUAAAUUGGAAUUUACAGGCAUGAUUUGUCAAAUAUGUAAAGGAGGGCUUGGUAAAGGCCUUCAGCAAGUCUAACCGAUGUGUCUGUCCUUGCAUGCGAUGUAUGAAGGCAAGAAUAUCCACUAUUCUGCAGUUGACAACAAACCAUUAUGUUCCUUCAGUGCCAAACUAUGCAAUCAGAGAAGACUAAAUGGCUACGCAUUUUGUGUGCGGCAUAUCCUUGAAGAUCCAACUGCACCAUUCAAAAGAUGUGCAUAUGUUGCCAAGUCAAGCAAUCAGAUGUGUACCCAACCAAUUCCGAAACAUGAGGAAAGAUUAUACUGCAACAAUCACAUGCAGGUGCUUGGUAUGCUUCCAAGAAAAGAGCGCAAGCCAAAGAAAGACAAAGAUGUUAAUGUUGUUCAUCAUGACAACAGACUGUCAUUUGAAGACAGGGUCAAAUCUAAGUACAUCACCAAAAUCAAAAAUGAUGUUUCAACGAAACAACUGUCAGUGGAUGACCCUGAUGAUCCCUACGCAUUUCCAGAUCCAGUGCGGGAUACACCGGUUGUCAACAAUAUCAAUCCACAACCAUCACAGACUCUUGAGGUACCUAAACAGCCUCAACCGAGCCCCAACAGGGCAAAAUCUCCAGGUGAUGGGGGAUCUACAAUUGCUAAACUCUACCCGGAGCUUGCAGAGAAACUGGAAAAGAUCAAACCUAAAGUUGAGCCCAAAGUUAAAGGGCGAUGAAUACAAAGUUCGAGAACAAUGAACAAAUUGCAAACCAAAAUUGCACAAAAUAAGAUCAAGGACAAACUACGAAAAUCUCAGGAGUCAGGCUCGAAUCCUUCAGUGAGUCCUGUGUCAUUACCAAGUCCAGAUCCUACUCCUGUUGCAAGUCAACCUCCAGUGAAUUUAAACACAGGACAGCAAGUCAAUCCUCCCCCUCUCAUGAGACCUGAAGGUGCUCCUCAUCCUCCACUCAAGCCACCCAUUACCCAUCAUGCCCUACCAACAAAUACUGUAGGAUUGUCAGAGGUUAAUUAUUCAGUAUCGGCUCUGGCUGCAAGACUUUCACCUCAAAUAUUACCACCUCCAUAUCCUGGUCCAACAAAUCGGUUACCAGCACCACCACCACUAACAGCACCACCGGCAAUAUUGCCGAUUCCAUCUGUUGUACAACAACAACCAGCACCUGCACCGGUACCGGUACCUGCACCGGUCUCUGUACCUGUUCCUGUGUCUGUACCCAUACCUGUACCCAUACCAGUACCUGUACCACAGACUUCAAUGGUGAUGCCUCCAGCACCAAACCCAGAGCCUCGCUUACCUCCCCCUUCCCCAUAUGUGGCACCACCAAGACCACCAACUGUGUCAAUGAAUUCUAGUGUACCAGUAUUAUCUACAAAACCUCAGCGAUUAAAAGAUGUUGUUGUUGAAAAUGUUGGAAGAACUAAGUUAAAAACAAACUCUGCUACGAACUUCUAUGCUUGUUACGCAAAGCGGAAAAAGUACAACCAUCAUCUUGUCAGCUCAGGAUUGUGCAGCUCAUCUGAAGAUGAGAGUGAUGAUGAAAAUGUUGAGAUGUUGCCUUGGCAACCUGGAUGGUUCUCUGCAUCGUCUGAUGAUGAUAAUGAAGAAGAACAAAUGGGUGAGCUACCAAUCCAUGUGCGGGCAACAAAGUUGACUUUAUUGCGAGCAAAGCUACGUCGUCAGUGCUAUCAGACAAGGAAGGCAACAUGUACCAAUACAUCAUUGCAGAACUAUGAUAAUGAAGCUACUCUAGCUUUAAUCAAUAGUGCUCGUGAAAGUCCUAUGUCAACUGUCAAAACUUUGUGGGAAAUACUAAAAAUUCCCCAGAAACAGGCAGACAGAUAUAAGCGGAGAGGGCUUGAUCGUAGACCCUGUCUGUACAGGAAUGAUGAAGAUGACAAAUGUCUUCAGAGGGCUUUACCUUACACAAACCACUGUCUAAAGCAUAUCAUGUACAAUGUUGACCAGCAGCUGUUUGAUUACUGCACAGCCAAGUUUGCAGAUAAUACACAGUGCUGUGUUCCAGUCUUUGACAUCAGGCAUGGCUUGCCUCUCUGUGCAGAACAUGGAGCUAAAGUUGAUAAUCACCAGAAAUCAGGAGAUAUCGACAUCAAGAAACGUCCUAGAAAGAAAACAAAACCUCCAGCACUUACAAGACCACCAAAGAAAGGAAAGAAGAAAAAGAAGAAUCGAUAUAUCCGUCCACAGAAGCCCAUUCCACCUGCAGAGCCAACUGGAGAUCCCGGUGCAUUUGCAGCUGUAGUAGCAGCCCCUUCACUGGCUGUUGCAGAGAAUGAGGAAGAGGAUAGUUCUGAUGGUGAGAAAGAUGAAGAACAAUCAACAUCUGCAUCAGUGGACCACUCCAUCACAGAAUCUUCCUCAUCAGGGCCAGCACAAGUGGCUGAAAAAAUGGAGACAGAAGACUCGGAGGAACCAUCAAAGAAUGAUGAGGACAAGGAUGAAGAGGAUGAGGAGGAGGAAGAUGAGGAUGAGGAGGAAGACAAAGAGGAAAUGGAACCUGAAGGUGCUCUCAGCAAUGUGCCGCUUGAAGAAAUGUUACCAGCAUCAGGGAGGAUAGAAGAUAUUGACAAGACCUUUGAAUUGCCUCUGGAGCAGGCCUCCAGACUUUUAGAAGAACAGGACUUUCAGGAUGUGUUCAACAAAAUUCCAGAUGAAGCUUUUGAUAUUUUCUCAGGUAAAAAUGGUGAUUUUGUUCCUACACUGCAAGAAACUGAGGAGCUAGAACGAGCUCUUGCUGCAGCAACAAAAGAUGUGUAUUCAGCCAAAGACACACUUGAGAAGUUAGUGAAAGGUGAAAUUACUGAUGAACUCAGUUUGCAGACUAUUGCAGAGACCAUAUUGGCUCAUGGUAUGCAGAAUAAUGCUGUGGAAGCAACUUUAGGAGGGGAAGCAGUCACGCCAGAUCUUCUUCAAGAAGGACUAUAUGCUUUGUCUCGGAAUCUCACUACUGGAGGAAAUGCUGGUUUUACUCCUACAACUGCAUCUGCAUCUGCCAAUAAUGCUAUAUUGAGUAGGCUUCAAGCUGGUGUGUCAUAUUCCCAGAACCAAUCUGUGACCGUUCCAUUUAAUGGCGCUGUGACUUCUGGUAAUAGUUCUGGAGUAGGGCAGUCUACAAACAUUGCACAGUUGGCGCCCAGUUUCCAGAAUACUACAGUCAGUGCUCAGAACAUUGGUACCACUCUACCAAAUCGGACAACGAUAGCCCCUCAACGGGGCUUCCAAAAUUCUCAGGGUGUGGCACAUGCUGGUUAUCAUGGAAACCUGCCUUAUUCAGCACUUUCUCAACAAUUAGCAAUGUCUCAGCAGACUCCAAAAGGACAGGCAAUAGCAAGCCCAGCUUCAGUGGGGCAGCUGCAUAUAGACUCAUCACAUGUCCUUCCCCAUUCAAACUUGCCACAACAACAGCCAAUCCACUCACAAACUAUCAUCCCCUCUCAGCUAUCCGGUGCACGACCACCAUGGCCUCAGGCUGCAGUGUCCAGCACUAAUGUCAAUUACCAAAAUGGAUUCCCAGGACCAGGUGCCCAGGCCCCAUUUAUACAGACAGUGAACAUUGCAAACCCAGUUGGGAAGUUUCCCACAAGUGCUCAAGCUAACAUGACAGACUUUGCUAACAAGCAGGACCCACAUUUCGUCGCCACGCUACCACAUUCCAGAGGGGUUCCCGCCAUUCGGCCCCCUGUCCAGGGAUUUGGAUUUACUUCCGGAAUGCCCCCUUUUACCUCCAGUAGCAAUGGGUCAUAGUAGUGCGCUUCAUGCCUGUAGCGGGAAUCAAGAGAUGUUUCUGGUCAAAACACUUGGGUGUUGAAACUGUUCGAUUUAGUUUAAGUCACUUUCAUGGUUUAUUCUUACAUCAUAAGAGGAAUAUAUGAGUUGAAAAAUUAAUUUAAUAUUGCAUACAAAAUGGUAAGUUUGUAGCUAAAUUUGAAGCUGUUAAACUCAUAUUGUUACUUUACCUGAACCUGGAAAAUGAUUUGUUAUCAGACAACUAAUGCAAACAGUAAACGUUAUUGCCUGUAUUUCCCCUUCGUUCUUGUUUGUGUAUUUUCUUGCUGUUCCUAUGUGCAUGCAGAGUAUUUGUUUCAGUCUCAGUAGGUGAAAUUUUUAUUACUCCAAUACCAGCCCAAGUGUUUUGACUACCGAUAUCUUGCAUGUCCUUGUUAUACGGGUAGAAAAUGAAAUCCUCAAAAGAGGGUGUGAUACUAUAAUGAGAACACAUCUGUGCCUAUUUUUUCAGAUUUAUUUUGUUAUAAUGUGGUCCAUCCAUAUUAUAAUAUAAGAGAAAGGCAGCCAUUAAUGUUUUCUUUCUUGUUCUGUGACUGUUGUUGUUUUAUGUUACAUAUAUAUCAAUUUCAGUGGUUGUAGGUAGAAUGUAUGUAUAUAAGAGAUCUCUAGUAAUAUUUGUGAGGAAUUUUAUUCUAGUCGCUUGAACAUACUGUACAGGAUACAAGGUGGACCGAUAUGUAAAGAGAGUUGUACAGAUGUACAAUAGCGAGAUUUGUAAAUAACUGUAAAGUGUCGUUUAAUAACAGUGUUGAUACUCUUUCAUCUUUUAAAUCAUUUACAACUCAUCCUAUAUGUCUAGAGCUAAAUAUUAUUUCGGUACAGUUUAAACAGCAUUGAAUGCCAAGAAGAGAAAAUUUCUUAUGACACUUAAGUUAGCUGCAUUGAUUGAGGAGUCCUGCAGUUUGUAAUUCACACUUUACUGUUCAUGAGAGAGUCGUUUGUAAGCAUUUCAUCAAGUGAUAUCUGGACAUAUUUAUUCAGUGAUUUAUGCAUGUUUUGUGUCAAUCAUAGUUCAUGUGAUAUUUGUGAGAUAUUGUCAAAUAUCUGUGUGUUGAAAUGUGAUAAAUUCUCUCACUGCUGUCUUGUGUGCAUGUUGAUAGUCAACAUUCAUAAUAGUAUGUUUUCUUCACCAUUAUAAGGUUGAAGAAGGAAAACAAUUCAUUAAUACAGAUAUUAAAGAAUGUCUGAUUUGAAAUGGCAAAGUAAGCACAAAGUAGUUAUCUAUAUUCUAGAUAUUUCAUGUCUGUACCCUGUGGCAUCCUUGUUCAUUUAAUCGCAAAUAAGUGCUGUACUUUCCUCUGAAUAUCAAAGUGGAUAAGGGGAGGGAAUAGAUUAAGAUUGAGAAUAGGAUUAACUGUUACUAAAGGAGACCUGUCUUAUCAUGGAAAAUUUCAUUUCUUAAAAAAACAAAAACAAUAUUUGUUAAUUUUCAAGAAGAUUAUGUUAUUGUAUGCCUAUUUUACAAUAGGUUAUCUUUCUGAACUGUGAACUUAGUUUUGUUUAGAUUUUAGAUUGUGAAUAUAAGUUAUUGAUUGGAAACUUUGUACUUUGGUUUCCGACUGUUCUCAACUAACAAAAGAUAUUUGUCUUGGCAUUCAGUGUAGUUUAAUCUUUACCUUUUCUAGCGACUUUUGUCCUUUCUAUCUCUUCCAUAGUUAAGCAGAUUUACAAUUUUUUAUCUGUUGUUUAGACCUGUAUUUUCAUAUUGAAUGUUUCAUCUUGUUCAUAUGCUCCCAUCAGUUUCAUGAAUGAAAGUUGUUAAGAAGUGAAUGAAUUUAUCAAAUGGUAGCAGUGUUUCCUAGAUUACAUUUGUUUGUAGAAGUCAUAGUUGAAAAUUUCAAUUUGAAAAGCUAGUUUGAGUAGUAUCAUUUGUAGACAUUAUAUGAUUAUGAUGAUGAUCGUGUGUUCUGUCUCUUUUGCCAAAAUAGGUUGGAGUGAUAAGAUAAUAUGAUUUAUUUGGAAAAAUACUCAAUAAUGAUGUUUCUGUAAUGUUCUGACAUUACAUAGAAGUAGAUAAUCUUGUUACAUUCAGGAAUAGUAUCAGCUGAAGUAAAAUUGUCUCUGUUGAUAUGCAUGAUGGAAAAGACAUACUGCAACCAACUGAAUUCCUCUAGGUGUAAACAAAGGUAUGACUCAUUCAUUCGACUGUUAUCAAAUGUCAUUCAUUGAAGCUGUCUUGCUACCAAAAUUUCUUAAGUGAUCUCCAAAAUCCAUGACAAUGAUGUGAUAACUGUAUCCCAAGAUUUGAACAAUUGUCAGUGUAAGUGAUAGGUUUGUGAUUAUACAUAAUGUGCAGUUUGGUUAUUUGGCUUUUUGCCAUAUUUAUGCCUUCAAUCUUAUUCUCUAAUCAUGGUGUUAGAUGUGUUUAUGACAUGUUAUAAGUAAUGUAUUUUUACCCAAUUAUCAGAGGCAACAACAGUUCAAUUUUCAUAACCAUUUUUCAAUAUGAUAAUGUUUCUGAAAUGUGUAAUCAAGUUUUCUAUUCAUCAUUAACAGGCUGUCUUUUUCUACUAAGAUCAUUAUCGGACAUCACUAGUUCCAUUAUAUUGGUUUUCAAUUUGCCAUCACAUAAUGAAAUAAUGCUUUUAAAAAAUUGCUGCCGGAUAGUUGUUACUUUCAAACAACAUAGAUACGUUGGGUUGUAUUUAUUUCAUACAGUUGUUAUAUUUUAUGGUGACAGCCAUACACACUUUUUGAAUAAUCUUAUCCGAUGUCAUUUUCUGCAAACUAAAGUGCACCUUUUGCAUUUACCAUAAAUAUCGGGAUUUUGGUAACAACCAGAACAUUUGCAAAAACUGAGACAAAUACAUUCAAACUUGAGAGCACAUGCUCCUUCUUUUGUUUUCCUUUACAGUACAAUGGUCUUGUUGCUCUUCUUUGGCAUUUUUCUUCCUUCAGUUUCACCAUGCUUUUCUUUUAAAUAUACCAGACCUCAACCUCAACUUUUUGCAUGAAUUUGCUUUAAUUGUAGAGAUUGUUGUAGGCACUUACAUCAGUGUUCAACCAAUAAGUCCAGAAUUAGUGAAAAUCUUGUCAUUCUGAUAAAAUGGCUGUCACAGUUAUUGCAAGUUAGUGGGUAUCAUUUUGUGAAGGUUUUAAGUUCCUUAGAUAAUGUCUAAGGCCAUAAUUUCUUUGCAUUUUUUAAGACAAUGGUUUUGUGCACUACAUCCGCAUAGGAAAUCAGAUAGGACUUUUACUUCAGUCAGCUGUGGAAUCAUGAACUUGUUUGUUGUCCAUUUAUAGACCCUUGUUGUUUAGUUUUCAGUGGCCAAUAUUUCCUUUUCCCUCACAAGAAACACCCUGAACAAAUUCUGUUCCUACAGAACUGGGGUAGUUACACACUCACUGGUACAAAGAAGUUGAGGCAAUAUCUGAAAUAUUCAAUGACAUCAUUCAUGUCUAUUUAAUGUAAUGCAAUGAUAUAAGUGUUCAUAAAUCGCAUGUUAAAAUAAUGGCUGUUCGCCACGAUUAUGAAAUUGAUGUAUGAUAUUUUUGUUGUAGAUUUGUUAUCUAGAUUAGUACAAAGUUUAUUUUCUAUGAUCUGAGCCUCAUUACGGUCAUGCACGUUAUUAUCUACCAUUAAUUAGUGUGAGAGACAAGGAUGUGUGUGUAUCAUUGUGCUUGUGUGAUCAGUGGUGCUGUUGUCGACACAUCUCCAGGGCGAAUAUGACAACAUUUGUGUAACAUUGGAACUGUCACUCCUCAAUAACUGUUGUGAUGCAAUAAAAUAUAAAUACAUGAUGA